AUGCGCCGUCGCAUGUGCGUGGGAAGCGGCCUGCCAGUCGAGAGCCAACGGCGAGAGGAGCAGCAGAGACGCGAGAGAGGCGAAAAAGGAAGCGAGGGAAGGGAGAAGAAUGCGAAGAAAGCUCAGCGACAACGUGAGCCCCGAGAAAAACUCGCGUCUGCCGAGAGAAACCGAGGGUCGACUGCUGGCUGCCCUGGUGUCAAAACGCGUACAUGCGCGAAACGUUUCGCGGGCGAUCCUCGUCGAAUCCGCACAGCCCCCCAUGUUCAGUCCCCAGGAAACGAACAGGACUCGACCACUUGGCAGCUCGAUCCUCACGGAGGCGCCAGAUGCACAGAGCACGGUGUACACCAAAAUAUGACGCAGCUGCGAUUCAUCCGGUCGGCUUCUCCCAUUCUUCAGCGCCUCGCCCAAGAAAAACAACGCGUCCGGAAGAGUGACACAGUUCCUUCUCGCUCUCGACAGAGGGGCAGACUAGUCCGUUUCCGGGCGGUCGAGCUCCAGCGCUGCCGACGACGAGACACCCGAAAGAAAAAAGUAACGCUGUCCACAUGGCCAUCUGCAGAGAGAGAUAGAGAGAGAGGACAACGAUUGAAGUCCGAGAGAGACGCUUAG